AUGGAGUCUUUCCACAAGCAGAGGCUUAUUCAGAACUAUAGGAGGAGGCUAGGCAUGGAAGCAACAAUAUCUAAUAUCAAUGGCAAGAUAUGGCUAUUUCUUGAUGCUAUGGUCUGGUGGGAUAUGGUGAUUAACACUGACCAAAAACUUACUAUCAUGGUUUAUCAUCAAGAUAUUGAGAAGCACAUCAUUCUGGAAAGAUUAGAUUUAUGGGAUAAUCUAUACUACCUUGCUAGAGACAUGGAAUUACCUUGGGCAGUUGGAGGGGACGUCAAUGUGGUUCUUAAUGAAGAAGAGAAGAUUGGUGGACUACCAGUUUACCCUCAAGAAUAUAAAGACUUUGCCUUCUAUGUAAACUCCUAUGGGCUAUUUGAAAUGGGGUACAAAGGAAGUCCAUUCACAUGGUGGAAUGGGAGAGCAAACUCAGAAUGCAUAUUCAAAAGGUUAGAGAGAAUUUUUGUCAAUGUGUCAUUCCAGAUUUUAUUCCCUAGUACAAAAGUGGAGCACUACAUCAGAACAGGUUCUGACCAUGCACCACCACUGAUGAGUAGUGGUAAGCAGACUACUCGAAUUGCCAAACCUUCAAAUUUCUGA